UGUGUGUGUGUGUGUCCGCCCCUUCAUCUCGCUUCAUUUCCUGAAUCCCUCCUCUGGUUCUCAGCGACAUGGGACACUAACGAGCUCUCACGGACUGAUAAAACCCGGGAAAUGACGAGAGAAGUCUGAACCAAUCCACCAAUGGGCUGAGGGCGAGGGGGCGGGGCCAGGAUGAGUGCGGAGCUGCUAUUGGAGGAGACGCUCAUCAAGCGUUCGCAGCAGAAGAAGAGGACGUCGCCGCUCAACUACAAGGAGCGACUCUUCGUCCUCACCAGGAGCCGCCUCACCUACUACGACGGCCGAGCCGAGAAGAAGUUCAGGAGAGGCUGCAUCGAGCUGAGACGCAUCAGAUGUGUGGAGAUCGUGAAGACCGGAGGAGGAAUCAUCCCCUGCCAGAACAAAUACCCCUUUCAGGUGGUGUACGACACAAACACUCUGUACGUCUUCGCUCCGAGUCACGACAGCAGGAGUCUCUGGGUCCAGAGCCUCAAAGAAGAGAUCAAAGACAACCCCGUCAUCGUCACCAAGUUCCACCCUCAGUUCUGGCAGGAAGGAGCCUGGCUCUGCUGUCGCCAGGCGGAUAAACAGGCUCUGGGCUGUGAGGAGUACAACCUGUUUGGAGACAUUUCCAGAAAACCUUUACCCCCGAUCCCUGGAGAGGAGCAGAAGCGGCGGCCUCCUCCUCCUCCUCCCGUCGCCAACGACGACGAUGACGAUGGUGACUGUGAUGAAGACGACGAGGACGGCGAGGAGGUGGUGGUGGCGCUGUACGACUUCCCGGGCACGGAGCCGCACGACCUGAGCCUGGUGAAGGGAGGAGAGUACGUCAUCCUGGACAGGUGUGACGUCAACUGGUACAAAGCUCGCAACAAGUACGGCGAGGAAGGCUACAUCCCUAGUAAUUAUGUAACAGAGAAGACGUCCGAGAACCUGGUGCAGUUUCUCUGGUACAGUAAACACGUCAACAGGAACAAAGCGGAGGAGCUGCUGAGGAAAGAGGACAAAGAAGGAGCAUUCAUCGUGAGGGACUCGAGCACCGCGGGGACCUACACCGUGUCUCUCUACGCCAAGUCUGCUGCAGGGGAGGGAGGUGCAGCUAUAAAACAUUACCACAUCAAGGAGACCCAAGGCUCGAUUCCCCAGUUCUACCUGGCUGAGAAACACCUGUUCAGCUCCAUCCCCGACCUCAUCGAGUACCACAAACACAACGCAGCAGGUCUGGUUGCCAGGUUGAGGUAUCCUGUAGGCAAACAGGACAAGUCUGCUCCGUCCACCGCCGGAUUCAGCUACGAGAAGUGGGAGAUCAACCCCAGCGAGCUGACCUUCAUGAAGGAGCUGGGCAGCGGACAGUUCGGCCUGGUGAGACUCGGCAAGUGGCGGGCGCAGCACCGAGUCGCCAUCAAGGCCAUCAGAGAGGGAGCCAUGUACGAGGAGGACUUCAUAGAGGAGGCCAAAGUCAUGAUGAAACUGUCUCACCCGAAGCUGGUUCAGCUGUACGGCGUGUGCAGCCAGCAGAAGCCCAUCUACAUCGUCACAGAGUUCAUGGAGCACGGCUGCCUGCUGAACUUCCUGCGGCAGCGGCGCGGCAGCUUCAGUCUGGGCUCGCUGCUGAGCAUCUGCCUGGACGUCAGCGAGGGCAUGGAGCACCUGGAGGCCAACGGCUUCAUCCACAGGGACCUGGCGGCCAGGAACUGCCUGGUGAACGACUCUCUGGUGGUGAAGGUGUCUGACUUCGGCAUGGCCAGAUACGUGUUGGACGAUCAGUACACCAGCUCGUCAGGAGCAAAGUUCCCCGUCAAGUGGUCGCCUCCUGAAGUCUUCAACUUCUGCAAAUACAGCAGCAAGUCAGACGUCUGGUCCUUCGGUGUGCUGAUGUGGGAGGUUUUCACUGAGGGUCGCAUGCCGUUCGAACAGAGUCAGAACCACGAGGUUGUCACGCUGGUCACCAAGGGUCACCGCCUCUACAGGCCCAAGAUGGCCACGCCCCCCAUCUAUGACAUCAUGACGCUCUGUUGGCACGAGAGACCGGAGGAGCGUGUGUCGUUCUCGCAGCUCUGCCUGAUGAUCUCCGACGCUCUGGAGGGUGACCCCCCUCCCCCAAACUGAACAACUGACCAAUCAGCUGCUUCCAUCCUCUCUGUGCGGGGCGGGGCGGGGCUGCCCUGACUCCAGCUCCGUGCUAACCAAGCCCCCAGGAGUGGAGCUCGGCUUGAAGCCGAUCUCUUCACAGUGGCCAAACGGUAGAAUGACACCUCCCGGGUCCUUCACGUGAUCCCAUGGGGCCCAAAGAGACUUUUCCCCACGGAGUCUCACAUCAGUGGAUAAUUAUCGGUACAUCAAGCUCCAAGUACGAACAAAUACAUUUAGCAACAAUUAAGUGGAACUGACGGAGGGAUGACUGGAGGGUUCUAGUCCUUCUAGAGUUGAACACGUGUUUCUGGUUAUCCAAUCAAGUCGCCAUCAAAGCUCACAACCCCAACCAGAAACUAAAGUUACAAAAAACUGCUGCUCCUGUUUUAGGACGACUGUUUAUUCUUGUUGUACUAAUCCGACACCAGCAUGCAGUGACCAGCCAAGUAGAAACAUGUAACUGUUGAUGGAAGCAUCAACUCACUAAUUAUAAAUGAGGAAGUUUUGUCUGUGAGUCUGUCUUCACGUUUCCUCCCAGUUGCACAUUAUGGUCUAGACGGAAUUGUCCAAAAAGUGAAAGUGAGGAGCAUUUAUGGGUACAAGUCAGGAACCGGCCUACUUUACU